UCUACCUGUCUCUCUCUGUAUCUCUCUCUCAUUCGCUCUCUCUAUACCUGUCUGUCUGUCUGUCUGUCUGUCUGUCUGUCUGUCUCUCUCUCUCUCUCUCUCUCUCUCUCUCUCUCACACACACACACACACAGUCUACACAUCAGCUUGUUGCUGGAACUCCAUCCAGUCUUUUGCGUAUGAAGCUCCUGCGCUCGUCUCUCCUCCGUUGUUAUUCUAUUUUUUUAAAGGAUUGAUGGGAUGAUGUAAUGAAGUGAUGGCAUGAUGAUGUGAUGAAGUGAUGAUGUCCAUCGUCCGGAACCGGAUCCUGAUGUUCAUGUUGUUCAUCAUCACUCGAGCCCUCUGAAGUGCCUGUCCUGUCCAUAGAGGACCAAUGAGGAAGACGGACCUCUCCACCUGUAGCUACCUCCAAACUCACCCCUCGCUUUAGAGGAAUAAAAAGUUGAUAAACAAUCCCUCCAUCCUGCACACGUUCAUCAACAUCUUCAGAAAGGACUGCGCUCUCUCGCUCGCGCUCUCGCUCUCUCUCUCUCUCUCUCUCUCUCUCUGAGGACAGAAGAAUGGCCAGUGAACCCGUCAUCCUCAACGUCUACGACAUGUACUGGAUUAAUGAAUACACGUCCACUCUGGGAAUCGGAGUCUUCCACUCAGGAAUACAGCUGUAUGGCAGAGAAUUCGCAUACGGAGGUCAUCCAUAUCCUUUCAGUGGGGUGUUUGAGAUCAACCCAGGAAACGCCGCUGAGCUCGGAGAGACUUUUAAAUUCAAAGAGGCAAUUGCUUUGGGUACGACGGAUUUCACAGAGGAGGAUGUUGAUAAGAUCAUGGAGGAACUGGGCAAAGACUAUAAAGGAAACGCGUAUCACCUGAUGCACAAAAACUGCAACCACUUUUCUUCUGCCCUGUCUGAGUUGCUGUGUGGCUGUGAGAUCCCGCGCUGGGUGAACCGCUUGGCGUAUUUCAGCUCGUGCGUGCCGUUCCUGCAGAGCUGUUUACCCAGAGAGUGGCUCACACCGGCCGCCCUGCAGAGCCACAUCAGCAUGCACAGAGAAGACACACACUCUCACACACACACACACUCAUACACACACUCAUACGCACACUCAUACGCACACUCCCACGCACACUCACACACACACGAGUCCAGCUCCAGCGAUGAGGAGCCAUCAGGGGCUGCGGGAGGAAGAUCACACAGCUGCAGACACACUCGAGUGUGACACACACACACACACACACACACACACACACCACUAUCACCUGGCUCCACAUUGAACCGUGCAGCAGCAGGCGAGUGAUGGACAGUUCAGACUGACCAAUCACAGGCCUCGGUUUUGCCCCUCCCCCUCUGUAGUACUGUAAACUUGGGAUGCUUCUCAGACUUUUAGACGACUUUUAAUGAUGAAAUAAUAUUUCUCAAGGUGAACUUACAUAUACAAGUAUCUGAAUUCUUAGAAUUUAGUUUUUAUACUUCGUAAAUAUUUUAAUGGUUGAUUUAUGACGAUAAUAAUAUAAUUCUGUAAUCAGCUGAUUACAGAAGAAUUCAAAUAUUCAGACAUAUAUUUAACAUUUAUUUCAUUUUUGUUGUGAAUGAGUUUGAUUAUUCAGCUGUUUUGAUUUGACAUGAUUAUUAUUAUUGUAUUCCAUUUUAUUAAAUUCACUUCCUCUUUCAUUUCUAUACAUACAGUAUUUUUAAUGUAAAUAAUUCCACACAACUGAGGAUUCAGUUCAGUAUGUUUUAGAGUGUGUGUGGAUUUUUAAGCUAAGCAUGUUGUUGGCAGUGUGUGACGCGAGUGUGUGACGCGAGUGUCUCACAGAAUCUGAAAAUUUCAAAAUAUAAUUUAAAAAAAAAAAGCUGAGAUCAAAUUUAAUACCUUUUAUUGUGACACGUGAUUUUACCAAGACAUGCAAAAGUGGGUGGGGCUUAAAUUCAUCCAGUCUUAAAAUUGAUCAUUUGACUUCCACUAAUAAAACACGGGAUUUAUGCUGCAUUCACAGUAACUUGAAAGUGGGAAGCCUGAACUUUCGAAUUCUGUACUUUUUGAGCUACAAAGCGGGAAAAAAACAUGGACGCCUCCAUGAAAGCGUGUGUUUUUAGCCAGCGAACAUCAGUGACUGCAUCACAGUGUAAACAUUCAGCAGCAUUAUCUACACUAACCAGCUACUUCCUAACUGUAAAUGUCAUUUAAUACAUCAUUUACAGUAAAUAACUUUCAGAAAAUGCCCACAACAGCAACUGGGCUGGUGCUUUGUUUAUUUUAAAUAUUUAUUUAAAGAUGUAGGCUACAAUACUUCAGCAAUAAAACAACAUGAACAUGCACAAUUUCAUUAAAGGAAUAGUUUAAAAGGAAUAGUUAUAAAUCAAUUAACCUUUUAAUUAUCAGUAUUUCUGAUUCUUGAUUUUUCAUUACAGACGCCAUUUUGUUGGUGUGAUGUCACAGAAAUGCUGUAAGUCUUUCCGAGGAAUAACCGUACAGAGAGACAGAAAUUGAAAGUCUAAACUUUCAGGAUAUGUUCAUUAGGUAACAUGUAGUGCUGAUCAAAUGUCAAUUUAAGCUCCGCCCUUUUUUGACUUUGAGACAUCACACACUCAGCUGUAUGGAAAAGCAGCCAUUGUGUGUGUGUGUGUGUGUGUGUGUGUGUGUGUGUGUGUGUAUGUGUGGUAUGAUAACCCUCUAACCUCAGAGAGCUUAAGAACCAUGUGACCUUUAACCUUUGAGAAUAAGUGAUUAUUUUGUACGCACUGUGCCAUUUAUCAGCGCUCCACUGUGUCACUGUUUCACACCAAAUCAGACGUCUGAUCAGUGACGCCUGUCAAUCAAUCCCUUUAUCCUCUUCUUUGAUGUCAUGCAGGUUGCCAUGGAAACACACGUCUUAAUGAGUUUUGUACCUCAUGUAACAGUAUGAUUUAUACUCGUUCAGUAUUUGCUUUUGAUUUCCGUCGCUGAUGGACGAUUUUUUUGGACAUUUUUCUACGUUUGUCAGAUUUAAACCUGGACUGGAAUUAAAUUUUAUGAUCUGAAAUAUAAUAUUACAAUUUUACAAAGUUAAAUAAAGGAUUA